UUUAUUUUCACAGGAAUUGGUGAAACAGACUGAUGGUUUCUCCCUUGAAAAUUUGUGGAAUUUAAUCCUGCUUCAACACCCAAGUUCUGUUGGUGGGCCACAACUGCAGUCAUCAAGUUCAUUAUCCACCAAUACUUUCCACACCUAAUGGCUGCUGCAGGUAAUGAUGCAGACUAACAGCACCUAAUGGAGUCAUGUCACGGCGGCACUUUGUGGUUACUGACCCAACCCAGCGGAAGUGUGGGAUUGUGGCAUCCAGUUACAAGAGCUUCCUGAAAAAAUGCAGGGAAAAGUUUAAACUUAAGAAACAGGAGGAAAUUAUUAUCGCCCUUGAAGACAAGACAGAAGUGGAUGAUGAGUACUUUGAGUUUCUUUCAAAUGGCACAAGACUAUUCAUCUUCAAAGCACAAGAUUUUGAUACUGCAGACAACAUUCACCACUUGGCAUCAUUCCUACAAGAAUGUCUGAAGCGUCAGCCACAGUUACAUACAAAAGUCAUGGCUUGCUUACAGGAUGAAAUAACUUCUAAGCGAGCAGCAAUGCUUUUGGAACUAAUGGCGAAGGUCAUGGAUUCUUCAAUACCCUUGACUUCAAAGGAGGGACAUGCUGAGUGGUUUAAAGGGCUGGACACUAGGUUCAAGACAAAAGAGGCUGUGAUGCGUAACAGUGCCGAGACCAGGAUGCGAGGGUAUUUGGAUCAUACUAAGAGAGAAUUACUUUCCGAGCAGCUGCCAGCAGAUUCACCUCAACAUGAAGCAAUAUUAUACUUUAAAAAAGAGUUAUGCAAGACCAGAUACAAUGGCAGCUACUUUGACCGCUUGGCCCCACCAGGUGAAAACCUCUGUGACUCCACAGGGCUGUUCCAGUGUGAGGGACCCUAUAAUGAGUGCAGGUGUUCUGGCCUCCACUUCAUCAACCCAUAUGCCUCCAGAGAAGCUAGGAUCAUCUUCUCUACAUGGAAUUUUGAUCAUGUAAUUGAAAAAUCAAGAACGAUCAUCCCUAAGUUGAAAGCUGCACUAUCUGGUCCAGGAGCCUCAUCUGUUAACCUCUCUUACUUCCAUGACCUGCUUUUCUGCCAUAAAAGUUCCCAAGGUAUAAAUUCAGAUGGAAACUUAAAGCUAGUCCAUAUUGCCUGUCAUGUUAAAAAGCCACAUGAAUGCCACUGUAAACCCGAGAAAAUAUUCUUAGAUAAACAGCAUGAUAAUGUAGAUGGGCCAUGUCAAGAACAGAAUCACCAGCUUACAAGACGUGGGGUGAAGAGAGCACGGCUUGGCAGUGGUUACUACACAAGGAGCAAGAGGAUGCAAGUAUUGUGUUGAGUGACUCCUGGUGAUUGAGUACAAUGCAAGACUGCGGGAUCUAUCAACUUGCUCAAGUCACGAACUCCGUGGGCGUCGUCUUGCCCUUGGCCUCCUCCACUCAGGAUUUUCUCUUAGAGACAAUUUGAUGAGCAGGAUCAUGUUCUGGGCAACAUGCCACGUGCCUGUAUAGCUGGAGUUGGCAUUGUUGGACUAUGCAGGUAACAAAUGUCGAAUCAGUCUCACGGAGUAGUCGCCAGUUUGACACAAAGUCAUUCCAGUAAUAUCCCAUAAUUCUGCUUUAAGUGUGUAAAGUAUUACUGCAGUAGCAUAACUGCCAAAUAUGUGAUAAGCAAGAUAAAUUUAUGUGAAGCCAAAGGUUCGUAUUACAUUGUAUGCAAUCACUGACAAGGAUGAUUUUUCUCCAUUCUCACAGUUUAACUGUAGACAAUUCAGUUAGGUAUGAACCUAGUUUUAAGAAACCAGUUUCAGUCAAUUUUAAUAUAAGUUAAGAGUACAUUAGCGACAUUUAAAUUAUACUUCUGAACCUCUGUGAACAGUUAUCGUUUGUUGGAAUGCAUUAAAGUUCAGUACCUUCAAAAUCCUAACCUCAUCAAGCUAUCAUCUCCCACAUUCCAACAGUCCUGCACAUGCUCUGCAAGCACUAAGUGCAAAUGUCAUUCAAGUGCCAAUACAAACUGUGUUCAAGGUUAAGUCACGAUUGAAUGGUGUGUGAUAUCCAUGUGGCCUUAUUGCUCCUAUGACUCAAAUAUCCCUUGAAUUAUGCAUUUACAUUCCUUGAGCCUGAAUACACAACUACCACACUGUAGCAUUUGGUAUUGCCAGCAGUAUAUUUUUGAGAUAGUUGUUACCAAGAUUUAUAUAAUUGAUAUUAUAAUUAGCAUUGUUACCCCAUUUCCCAUUGGCAGGGUGGAGUCUAAAUGGCUUUUGUCAAAAAUUAUACUAUCAGUCAAUGAAAAUCCUUAUGGUGCAAAUGCCACCAGCUGUCACCAAAACACAACAGGAAACAUGAUCAUUUAUUGAAUGUUUGUUACAUGCAAGUUGAUCACUAUAUAAUAUAUUCUUAUCCUUU